UGAAUAUCAUUUUUAUGAUUUUGUUGUAACUAAAGGGUGAUAGGCCAGGUGUUAAUUGAUGUUUUUGAAUUAAAAAAAAAACAGGUAUAAGUUGAAUUUGUUGGUUUUUGAUGGUACUGGUACAACGAACUUUGUUGUGUUCGAUAAGGAGGUCGCAGCACUAUUCGGACGAAUCUGUACUGAGAUGGUGAAAGAGUUGAAUGAAAAAGGGAAAGCAAGCAAAGAUCCUACUGGUUUUAAUGAGUUUUUCCUUGAUAAGGAGUUUCUAUUCAAGGUCGAAGUAGAAACUACUGGAUGGUGCGAUACUUAUGAUGUAUCGGUGAUACGUUCUGAUUCUACCAAUUUACCGAGGUGGAGGGACACUCAAGGCCCGGUAAAAUCUGGUGUACCCCGUGCUGGUCCUAUUAACCCUAUGCAUCCUCGAGGUGAAGAUGGAUGUUUUGUUUGUGAUGAGUCACCUGAUCCAAUUGUAAAAAAUUUGUCUGUUAUUAAAAGACCUGUUGUGAGGCGUCUGUUGGAUGAGUUCAACAUGUCUGGUGCUCCUUCCAUUAAAAAGUAGCUGCUGUGAAACAUGAGGUUUUUCAUGUAAUGGAGAUAAAGGAGCAUGUUUUAAAGGUUUGGUGGAGUUUUGGCUAUGACUAUUGUUUAUUGAGAGAACAGAUACUAUUCAAAUUUUAAAAUAUUUUAUAUUAAAUAAUUGUUGUUUUGUUUUA